CAGGCCAAUUUUGUUGGAAUAUGUGUCGGUGAAAGACAACUACCUAAGCCGAACCUCGUACUAGAACCCCCAAAUCUUUUGCCUCCUCAAGAUCAAUUAUCCUGGAAAACCCGCCAUGGCCCAUGUCAUCAAGUGGAGCGGCACACCGCACACAUUUCUCAAGGCCCAUCGACGAUAUGUGCACUCGGACCGGCAGAAACCCCAGCUUUGUAACCCCCGGCAGGGCUACGACAGGGCCCCUUGGCCUCGGAGCUCUCACCCAUCACCCCAUGAGAUUCUCGGGGCCAGCCCUGGCACGCCUUACUCGAAGGAGCAAUUCCACCGGCUGGUGAAAUUAUAUCACCCCGACCUCUACAUCCAGAACGGGAUAGAGGUGAUGGGUGUUUCGCGCGCUACCAGGAUUGAACGCUACCGUCUGGUAGUAGAAGCACACGAGAUCCUCAAAGAUCCACACAAGCGAUUGCUCUAUGAGAAAUACGGUCUUGGGUGGUCGUUGCCUACGCAGCGGGUUCGGCACACAUCUGCCUCCUCUCACGCUACCGGAACUUAUGGUGCAUACGACGGCCGGUCAUCCGCCGAACAGGCCCGAGCCGGGCAGCAGUUUCCGAUCUUCGCUUCCAACGCGGUUUUUGCCAUUGUUAUAAUUGCGAUGGCGAUGGCUGGCGCUGUCGUACAGCUCAAGCGCGCUCGCAAGGCCCAGUGGGACUUCAAGGAUCGGGAUCUGGUUUUGCAGGAGGCGAUCAGUAGAGACCUGCAGGGCCUAGCAGACAGGCUCGAGGGAAAGCCGAGAGACCUGCGAAUAUUAGAAUUCCUGGCGCGAAGGGAACUCAGAAACUGGUCGUCACGGGAGGCUCUAUUUGCAGGGCUUGAUCAGAGUGACAACAUCUGCCGCCAUUGACAAGGCUACCUAGUCAAAUGAGCUCUAGCGUUCCCUCCAAAUCAAAGUUUGUCAAUGAGGGCUGAGUUCUAACAACACACCACGUUCUCAAGUUGAAAGAUCUUGGCUGAUCGAGGAAAUAACGCCCCGGAAUGUUGAGUUU